AUGAUAAAUUUGUAUUCGACAUUUUCGUCGGCUGGCUUUAAUAUUUCACUUAAAGUGCUUACAAAGGCCGCAAAAAUGUUAGGUCGUUUAGCGCCUGGUGUUUGCGUCCAGGUGACCAUGGGGGUUAACCAACAGCAAAGCCGUAACAUGGCUACUUUGAAAGCCAUUUCUAUGCGGUUGAAGUCCGUAAAGAACAUUCAGAAAAUUACCCAGUCCAUGAAGAUGGUAUCAGCUGCGAAAUACACUCGUGCUGAACGUGAACUGAGGGCGGCUCGCCCAUACGGCGAGGGUUCGGUGAUGUUUUAUGAAAAAGCAGAGGUAGCACCCCCGGAAGACGAGCCGAAAGAACUGUACGUCGCCAUAACCUCUGAUAGAGGUCUCUGCGGUGCAGUGCACACGGGUGUGUCUAAAGUGAUCCGUAACCGUCUCAGCGAGCCCGGAGCUGAGAACAUCAAGGUGAUCUGCGUGGGAGACAAGUCGCGCGCUAUCCUACAGCGAUUGUACGGGAAGCACAUCAUUAGCGUGGCUAAUGAGAUUGGUCGCCGUCCCCCAACUUUCCUCGAUGCUGCCAAGCUAGCGAAUGCAAUCCUAACCUCGGGCUAUGACUUUGGCUCGGGUAAAAUUAUCUACAACAAAUUCAAGUCUGUGGUGUCUUACUCCCAGGCUAACCUGCCUUUGUACAGCCAGAAGGCUGUUGAGUCUGCACCAAAACUCGCAGUUUACGACUCUCUCGACAGCGAUGUUCUGCAGUCUUACAUGGAGUUUUCUCUCGCUUCGAUGGUGUUUUAUGCAAUGAAGGAAGGCGCCUGCUCUGAACAAUCAUCGCGUAUGACGGCUAUGGACAACGCUUCUAAGAACGCAGGAGAGAUGAUCGAGAAACUUACCCUGACCUUCAACAGAACCCGCCAGGCUGUCAUCACCAGGGAACUCAUUGAGAUCAUCUCUGGUGCUGCCGCUUUGGAAUAG